AAAACACACGUAAAACAAACUAAAACACUUAAAAACUACGUAGUAACUACCCUCCGCCUCGCAGAAUUCUGCUUUGGUGACUAGGCUGCAUGUAUUUUGUUGUGGUUAAUUAGGAAAACCCCGCCUGUGAGUGUGUUUACCAUCGCCAAAAGCAAGUUUCGAGCCGCAAGAUUCUCGACAGAAAAGUAAAGAACUCGUAGUGCAAAGCAGUCCGUAAAAAUGUCGGAGUCGUACGAUUAUCUCUUCAAGUUUCUCAUUAUCGGACGGGCGGGCAGCGGAAAGUCUUGCCUGCUGCACCAGUUCAUCGACAGCAAAUUCAAGGAAGACAGCUCGCACACGAUCGGGGUCGAGUUUGGUUCGCGCAUCGUAAACGUCGGCGGAAAGUCGAUCAAGCUGCAGAUCUGGGAUACGGCCGGACAGGAGCGUUUCCGGUCGGUGACGCGCUCGUACUAUCGAGGUGCCGCAGGGGCACUGCUCGUGUACGACACGACUUCGCGUGAUAGCUUCAAUGUGCUGUGGAACUGGCUGAACGAUGCCCGGACACUGGCCAGCCAGAACAUUUGUAUUCUGCUCGUCGGCAACAAGAAAGAUCUGGAGGAGGAGCGCGAAGUUACAUUCCUAGAGGCAAGCAACUUUGCGCAGGAGAACGAGCUUAUCUUUCUCGAGACGAGCGCCAAAACGGGCGAGAAUGUGGAGGAAGCGUUCCUGAAAUGCUCGAAAACGAUCCUGGCGAAGAUCGAAACGGGUGAGCUGGAUCCGGAACGCAUCGGCAGCGGCAUUCAGUACGGUGAUGCAUCGACGAGGAAUGCUGCCGGUGGUGCCGCGGCCGGAGGACAAACGCCGAGAAGCCGACUACGACCAGACAACUGCCCCGGUGGUAGCUGUCGGUCGUAGAGGGGGUGAUUUUGCUGAAGUAGAGACGAACUACGCAGGAGGAGGAGGAUACGUUGGUAAUACGUUGGUAAUUAUGACAAACCAUUUCGGGCUCUUAAUUGGAUUCGCCUUUUCAUUCCUGCGCGGAGAGCACGGAACACACAAUACGCUGCGAAAGGGAAAAGCAUCGAAAGCGAAGCGAAGAGAUCGAUUCGUUUAUCAUUCCCAUUUGCGGCAGAGUGCACCGCAUCAAGGGAGAAACUUACUGGAUUAUUGGCCUCCCGUUGAAGCGACAUUGUCUAUGAGCCAAACACGAGCUCGAAUCUCAAAAACCGUGCUAACAACACUAAUCACCAAGGUCGCCGCGGAACGAUGAAGGAGAAUUAGAAAAAGGAACUGAUAAGACGCAAAAGUUCAGUAUUCCAUCGUAUAUUAACAUGAAAUACUUAUUUGACACGACAUUUCGGUAAUUUAGGCGCAUCAAUUGAGUUACUCCUGUGUAAAACCUUCUCGUUAUCGCUUGUGCUUGCUUCUAUUGUUUGAUAUUAUAAGUGAAUCUUCGUGCGCUUAGUUUAUUGGCCUUUCUUGGUCAUUAACUUGUCCACAGCUGAGCAGCUCAACCCCCAAGAACCGUGUGUCGCUGCAGAUUCUUGGUACCUACAGGUUUUGUUUGGUCAAAUUCCCGGCGACUGUCUCUUCGAGAUUUUUUUUUGCAUUUUUGUUUGUUGCUUUUAUUACACACAUCACACACUGUGGCUUUGUUGUGCGUGUUCUUACCUUGUUUGUUUUACCAAACUUUAUCACCAAACUUAUUGUGCUGAUGGUAUCGAUGUAUGUCGGUGUACGUGUGUGUGUGUGUGUCUCCUUUUGUGCUGUGCAAUCGAUCGAUGCUACUACUACGUGAUCACAUACGCGCUCGUUCGCAUGGGUGGAGGUUAUCAUCGGUUAUAAAACAAAUUAAAUUAGGACCACGACAGAGGUAGAGAGAAAGAGAGAAGGUAGUAAUCAGAAGAUAGAAGUUAGAAUGUACUGUACUAUUAAGGUGCCUGGAACCGCGAGAAAACUAAAGGAGUGGGCUUAGAGGGGUGAAUGAGUGGGAUGCAAAAACAAGAGAAUGGCCGUGUGCUGUGAGUGAGAUAUAUGAAGCUGAUGAAUGAGAUGAACGAGCUAAAAAUCCCCUUUUUCCAAUGUGAGCGCUAAAAAAAGGACUAACUCAGUUUCAGUCCCUCUUCCCUUCUCCUUAUCAAACAUUCUUAGCUGUUCAAUGUUAAGUGACAGAAACGAUCGAUUUAUACUGUAGCAUUAGUGCACUGGCAGAGUGCAAUCGUUGAAACCGCUCUGCUCUGGGGCCGUCGAGAGCUAACUAAACCAUUUAAAUGCCUAGAAAGUAAUUGUAAAGAAAAGAAACAGAAAACGAAUAACAACACAAAGAUUCAUACACGGAAUAGAGCCUGAAACAUGAUUGCAGGUGCAUAUUAGGAGCAUAUAUUUGACAAAGAGGUGGGCGAUGUUUAAAUGAAACGAAUAAAUAUCUCGAAUCCAUGUAACAGUCGUCCGAACACCAU